GAAUAGGUUGGCAGUUCUCGUGUUGUGUUUGUUGUGAGACUGCGGAAAAAAAUUAAUUAUUUUAAUAUUUCUGCCAAAUAAAGCAACAAAAUGGGCACCAAACGACCCAAUACAAGCGUGGUACUCGCCCAGGAGUCAAAGCGCAGUAAAAGCGACCUGGUGGCCUACACAAAUCGGGACAAAGCGCUCCUGGAGUCGGGCGUAAGGCGUACAUCUAACCUGCAGGCGCCCAUAAUGCAGCUAGAGGGACAUGAGGGCGAGAUCUUUACCACAGAAUUCCAUCCCGAAGGCGAGUUACUGCUCUCCUCCGGCUUUGAUAGGCAAAUUUAUAUCUGGCAGGUUUACGAUGACUGCGAGAACGUUAUGGCCAUGUCGGGACACAGUGGCGCCGUAAUGGAGGCUCACUUUACGCCCGAUGGCUCGCACAUCUUUACCUGCUCCACGGACAAGACCCUGGCCAUUUGGGACAUUGUCACCGGGCAGCGUCAGAGGCGUUUCAAGGGUCACAGCAACUUUGUGAACAGCGUCCAGGGCUCGCGACGUGGCCAGCAGCUGCUCUGCUCGGCAAGCGAUGAUCGCACCAUUAAGAUUUGGGAUGCCCGAAAGAAACAUGCUGCCCACACACUCGAAUCACCGUACCAAGUGACAUCCGUGUGCUUUGGCGAUACCGGAGAGCAGGUCAUAAGCGGUGGCAUCGAUAACGAAGUCAAGAUUUGGGAUAUACGAAAGCAGGCUGUGCUGCAUCAUCUCCGUGGGCACUCGGACACCAUCACCGGCAUGUCGCUAUCGCCCGAAGGCGACUUUGUGCUUACCAAUGCCAUGGACAAUACGCUGCGAGUGUGGGAUGUCCGACCGUAUGCCCCAGGCGAAAGGUGCGUCAAGGUCUUUCAGGGCCAUCAGCAUAACUUUGAGAAGAAUCUGUUGCGCUGCGCUUGGUCGCCGGGCAGCGACAAGAUAUCCUCGGGCUCUGCCGACCGGCAUGUCUACAUCUGGGAUGUGAAUACGCGGAGAAUACUGUACAAGCUGCCCGGUCAUAAUGGCAGCGUCAAUGAUGUGGACUUUAGUCCAAAGGAACCGCUCAUACUCUCCGGCUCCAGCGAUAAGACCUUGUAUCUGGGCGAGAUUGACGAUUGACGACUGGCAGAUGAGCCCGAGAUGCGUGCUCUCUUGGACACGCCUUUGGAGAGCAAGUAGAGUUCAGUUUAAGGAUUAAAUAUAACAAAAUAAACUAUUUUAGCGAUUAAUUUUGGUUGCUAAAUACUAAAAA